AUGAUCACCAGCCUUCCCCCCGCCUCCGUCCCCACCCCGGUCAACGAGGUCAUCUCGUCCGAGGGCGUCCCGUUCGUCGUUGACGUCAAGCUCGAGUCCCCCAUCCCCUCUGGUACCGAAGACGCCGAGUCACUCUCCUCCUUCCUCUCCUACCUCUCGACGGGCGAGCUCUCGUCCCCUCUCCCCGGCACAUUCGCGCUGCUGUCUCGCUACGCGCCUUCCCAGCUUCGCGCAGCCCACGGAGCUCUCACCGCGGCUCUGAUCGACGGUUCCGUCUGCCCCUUGCAAGCCUUUGUCGUUGGAGCCAGGGCUCAUGACCUGCAACUCUGCCGACUGGCCAUUGUGCACGGCGACAACAGGACGCAGGACGAGAUGGAUUGGAGUGCCUGGGAGGACGUUGAGCCCAGAUACAAGAGGGCGCUGGAGGAGGCUUGGGGACAGGGAGGCAGCGCGACGGAGAGGGGGAACCGCUUCGUCGAGAUUCUGAGCUUGCAGGAGUGA